GAAUGGAAAGGUUCGAUUUGAAAAAGCGGGAGCAGGAUUCGGAGGAUGCGGAUGAGAAGAACGCUCAUCUAAAAGUGUGGAGGACGAAGAGGACCGAGGUUAACAACAACAACAACGACGACGACGGUAACGCGAAACUGUUUCACAGAUCGGGGUUUGGGGACCCGUACCUUGAGGAGAAAGAGAGCCUGAAAGAGAUCCACGACCGCAAGAGGCGUAGCAAGGGGACGCCGUCGGACGACAAGUGUUACGCGAACGAGGCGCGUAACGAGGAUAAGAACGGCGUGGGGAAGGGGGGCAAUGAGAAAAAUCUGCUCGAGAUAUCGAGGGCGGGGAACGACGUUCGGGCGAGCACGUUCGAGAAGAUGGAGUCCAACGAUUUGCGAGGAGUGGACGCGUUCCGUAUGGAGAGCAAACUGACGAGCGACGCGGGGGAGAAGGGCGCGGAAUCGAAGGGAGGCGCAAGGGAGGCGCGAAAAGACGAGGGGAAGAACGCGGGGAAGAACGUGGUGGGUGGAAAUUACCAACAAUCGGGCCUGUCGCAGGGAAAAUCGAUGGGGAUGGAGGGCAAGUUGACGAAGGAAGGAAAAGAGAAUCUCGGGGAGGGGAAUUCUUUGCAUAGCUCGGAAUCUAUGACGAACGAGUUGCCUGGCGGUGUUGCGUCGGGGAACGUUAACCUCCAUCUCGAGUCGGAGAACAAAAAUUUGAUCCAGUACAGCAACGAGAACAUGAAGGAGGGGAAGCGGCAGGCUCCGUUCAUGUUGGACAUGUUCAACGUGAAGAAGACGUUGCUCGAGAAGGAGGAUAAACCGGGGAAAUCCAUUUCCACCAUUUUCAACAUGAAGCUGGCGAAGGCUGAGGUGGAUACAGCCGCCGUGAAAGAUUGCGCGAAAAGGGGGGGGAACGAGAAAGAGGUGGAGAUCCCGAUUACUAAUGGAGUUCUCGAAUUCGAGAAGAAUAAAGUUAAGGAAGUGCCGUACGAAGACGGCACGGCCGGCCUCGCGCUACCCUCCGACAUCAUGGAGAGGAACGUGGAUGAGAAACGGCUUAAGAACUCGGCGAGGGAGUUCGACAAAAGACAAUCGGGACAAAGCGCGAUGAACGAGGAGGGAAUUCGAAAUUGGUUCGAGGCCGCGGAUCGUGAACGAGUGGACGCGAACGCGAACCAAGCGAAUAUAGCCGAGAAGCGUAACGGGAACGUGGAAAACGGGGGGAAGGGGGGGAAAUUUAAGAACGAGGAGGAGUGUUUGAACGAUAACGCGGACAAUAAUAAUAAUUUGGUGGACGGGAAAAACCGCGGGAACGUUGGCAAGGAGAAGGAGUUGAAUUUGAUAGGGAGCAAGAAUCAGGAGUCGGAGGUUGGCGGCAAAGAGAAAGCGGCGACGAACGAGGUCGACGGCGAAAGGAAACGGAAAAAGAAAUAUCAGGGGGGGGGAUUCGUGGCCGGGAACGAGUUGAACGAUCAAAUGACGAGCGACAGAUACGGGCAGAGGAAGAUCCUUCAAUACAUGGAAUAUUCCAACGACGAAGUGGAGGAGGCUGAUUUGAAUUACAACGACAGGGAGGAGGAGGAGAAUCAGCGACAAUCGGUCAAUGCAGAAAAAAGCGACGUAUCGGCGCGCAGGAAAGAAAGAGCGGUCAGCGAUAAAAAGAAAGCGAAAGUAAAUGUGAUGAUAAAAAGCAAGAUGAGCAAAAAAAAGAAAGAGAAGACUAGGAAAAGGCGUAAUCCGAACGUAAUCGAGUAUUACGAAUACGAUAACGAUAUGGAUCAAGAGAACGACGAAUUGUCACCGUCCAACGAACAAGAACGAGUGAAAAAUAAUUAUCAAGACAAAAACCCUAUAGAAUUUGAUGCGGGACUUGGUAAUGAUGCGUGCACUUCUCCAUCCUCGAAAACCUAACGUGAAAAAACUGCUAAAAAUCUUGCGUAGUAAAGUUUCGUCAAAUUUUGUAUCGCAACCUGUUCAAGUUCACCUCCCUCCCGUUCGUUGCCUCCAGGUUAGGUGAAUUCU